CUCAUGCGCACGCCCAGGGACUCAACAUACGCGCGCGUCGCCGGCGGCGGUGACUACGACGCCGACUGGGAGGAGCACUACGCGCCGCCGCCGCCGCCGAACCUGAAACGCGCCGCGCAAGCGCCCAAGAAGAUCGCUACCGUCGGCGCCGCGGGGCCCGACCGCUGGACGCGCGACGACUACUACACGGCGGACCCGUACCAGUCCUUCGCGCCACUCGAGGUCGAUUCAGAGCUGUCGUCGUCGGAGGACGGGACGCCGCGUAAGGCCACGGUCCAGCCGACGCCGCCGCGCGAGUCGCCGGUCGACGUCUGGGCCGUCGGCGACUUCGACGAGCGCGGCGAUUCGCAAGCGUCGCUCUCGUCGCUCUCGUCGGCGGCCUCGACGCCGCCGCGAUCGACGUGUCGCGAUCGCCCUCGCUUCGGCGGCCUCACCUCGCCGGCGGACUCCUGGUCCACGACGCCGCCGUCUUCCCCGCCUCAAACACCGCCACCGACGACGCCGGUCUUCGUCGCGGCCGGCCGGCGCCCCGUGUCGAUGUGCAAAGGGGCGUGCGCGCGCUGCGGCGACUCAGUCUGGAGCAAUGAGCCGCGCGUGCGCGUCGGCCGCGGCUAUGCCCACGUGAGAUGCCCGCGGGCCUUCGACUACUACGCAACGACUGCGGCGGCGGCCUUCCGCCCGCGCAUGUCGCCGGCCUCGCCGGCGGACUCCUGGUCCACGACGCCGCCGUCCUCGCCGCCGCAAGACUAUUAUGCCUCGACCGCCUCGGCCGUCGUCGGCGCCGGCUCGCCGCUCCAGCGCCUCGACUCCGUCCAGAUCGACCCGCUCCCGCGCGUCUACUCCUUCGAGGCGAUGACCUCGCGCUCCCUCUAA